AUGACGAUGCAGGCGCCCAGCCUGAGUUCAAUGUCGUCAAGCUACCGGGGGCCCGGUGGGGAGUCCGGUGUGGGGGAGUCAAUGGCCGGAUCAUUGAAUCGCGAGUUCAGAUUUUUGUUUGGGUUAACCGGUUCGUCGUUGCAGGACCGGACGCCGCAGACCAACGAUGGGCUAUUGGAGUCCUUCGAACAGAGUGUCAGCAUGCUUGCGUCGGUGAGAAGUGGAAUCCGGAAACCUCACUGGCCAACUUUGGAUACGCUGCCCGGCGUGGGGGAAUAG